AGCAGGUACCUGUUGUUGCUUCUCCUACAGAGCAUUAUUUAGAGUAACAUUCUGUCAGUGCAAUGUUGAAAUGUUGUUGUCGUCUUCGGACUGCUAGCCGGUAACUAACUGUUGUUUUCGCGCUCGAUAUUAGCUGUCCAGCUAAUCUGGCUGAGAAGUAUUAUGGAGUUUCCUUUCGAUAUUAACCAGUUGUUCUCAGAGAGGGUCUCCAUCUUGGACCAGACUCUUGUUGCAGGUCGUAAAUCAGCAGGAAGGCCGGAUCUUCAAGCCCACAUAGCCACAGUUAUUGAUGAACUUGGCAGAGCCUCAGCAAAGGCCCAGCAUCUCACAGCACCUAUAACGAGUGCUUCCAAGCUGCAGUCCCAGAGGCAUCAGCUGUACCUGCUGAAGGACGCAGAGAGAAACGGAGGACAUGGUGUGGUUGUGGGAUUUCUCAAAGUCGGCUACAAGAAGUUAUUUCUGCUUGAUCGACAGGGGGUGCACAUAGAGGCGGAGCCCCUGUGUGUUUUGGAUUUCUACAUAGCGGAGAACUUGCAGCGACAUGGCUACGGAUUAGAGCUGUUUGAUUUCAUGUUGCAGCACAAGAAUUUAGAGCCGGUGCUGAUGGCUUACGACAGGCCCUCGCCCAAAUUGCUGUCUUUCUUGGCAAAGCAUUACUGCCUGACGCAAAGCGUUCCACAGGUCAAUAACUUUGUGGUGUUCGAGGGCUUCUUCCUCAACAGAGCAGCUGCCCAGUUGAGAAAGGUUCCCCUAAAAAAGCCAGACGGAGAGAUCAAACCCUACUCUUUAAUGGAGAGAGAAGUGGUGCGUCAGGAGCAGAGGGUUCUUCCAUGGCCGUUUGCUCCUCCUCACUCCCCCCAGCAUGCGGGAUCCUCCCAGUUCUCCCACUCCCUCAGUGUGGGAUCCUCCCCCAGCAGGGUGGCCCCUCGGGCCGCUCCAGCAUCCGUCCUGGGGGGCAGCAGGGACCAGAGCCCACAGUCCCCUCUCAUCGACCGCUGCAGGGCAAGACGCACCAGCCAACAGGACCUAGUUGCCAGAGGCAGCCUGUACAGUCGGCACUUGGACAGCAAAGCUGUUGGACUGCUGGGCAGACACUUCCCAGGUGUGAGACCAGUGGGGGAUCAGUCAUACGCACUGGGAUACACAGACACACACAGGUUGGCCAGUAUUCACACACCACAAAGCAGGUUCCAGCCUCUAUCAUUUCCACCUCUGUCCGCCUCCAAGAAGGAUGGCAUCUGCAACCAGACCUCCAUAAACAGCAGGGAGACACACCUGGCUGCAGAUGCCAAAGCUCGUGGUGGUGAUGAGGAGAAGAGUGUCAGGGUGUGGGACAGUCCACAGUGUCCAGCAGGAGACACGUUGGUCAGCCGGGGACGUCUGUCGGAGAAGGAAAGCGACAGAAGCCGACGGGGCUGGUCGUGGACUGUGGGAGAGAACUGCUACACUGCCCAGUGGGUGAAGCAGAAGCAGGAAUACAGGAGCACCCGGCCCUGGUGAUCAGGAGCCCUCUGUCGAGUAAUUCAGCUGUCGACCACUUACACCUCGAGUAGCUGACCAAACGGGUGCUAAGAACCAAAUAGAUAAUAGGGUGCUAGACACCAAAAGGAGUUAUUUCACUGCAAGAGCCAUCAGACACCAGCCAAACCCGUGUGAAAAUGUUGGUCUGAAGUUAUACUAAAGCAGCAGCUGUGGCCUGAGCUGGUCUGGUUUUAGUUCAUGUCAUGGUAAAUGUUCAGCAGCAUGCGACCCUCCCUGUAUUCUUCCUCAGCUCUCACUCUCCUGGCCGCCUGCCCUCUGACAGGCUUCGUCACAGCCACAGUCAGAAUGAGAAAGGACAAGCUGCGACUGAACUUUGUAAAACCCAGCCGUCAGGUGUGUCCAGGGGUAAGACGUCGGCAGGAGUCUUAACCUCUCUUUUAAGCUGUCCUUUUUUUUUUUUUUUUCCCCCAUCACUUUUGUUGUUAUAACCUGGUCCAUUUUUUGUCUUUGGCUGCUUUAGUCACUGGCCAUUUAAAGGUGAAGCUAAGCUUGGAAGCAAAAGUUGCAAGACUUUAGUCAAAACUCUCCACGUAACUCAACUGGCACAGAGCCAUGGAGAUACUUCCUACUUUCUUCCCAAAAAAAAAAAAGCGAAGUACCAGUGAAAGCUGUGUGGAGAAAUCCUGUCUACUUCCGUGAUCAGAGCGGAGGCUCAAGUUCCUGAGGCAGACGUCCAAAACCUUUGCACCUAAAACUGAAAAACCUGCAGCCAUCUCCAGGGCAGUUACACUACUCGUUUUCCCUUUAGCUUGAUUUUCCAGGCUUGAGUGACUAACAUCUGUGAGCAUGUACCCAAAACGCCUUUUGGAGUCAUUUCCUUCAGUUGAUUCAGAGUCUGCCGUGCAGUUCUUUCAGAGGAGGACGGGAGCGUGGGAUUUUUCAGGCAUUUUGCUGCCAGACAUCAUUGUUCUGCUCCCACUGGUUCUUGAAUUCCUGCGUUGGUUUUUUUAGCUAAAGUCGCUCCCCUUCUGUACAGAAGGCGAUGAAAAGAGUUACGUGUGAAAUCAUCGGGGGCCGCAGCAGGAGCACUGUGUGCAGUGCCUUUCUGCCAGUAAAAUAAAAGCGACUGACUGGUCCUGAGAAUUUUUUCCAGCAGAGUUUUCCGUGUCUCUUCGGUCGGCUCUCUUGGAUCCAAAACCCCCUGCUCUCCCCUUUGGCAACGACCCAAACAACUGCUGCUACUCGUCAGGCAGCAACUAAGAGCUCUUUAUCAGCAAACACAACAUGACGACAACUUAACAAAACUCCAUCCACUGUUUAUCAUCCAUUUAUCAUUGAUGCUAUAUCUAAGCCUUCAGCUCCCCCAGGAGGAGCAGCUGUAAUCCAGACCCACAUUAAAAAGAAAAAAGA